AUGGCGCGGCCCCCACGAAAGCUUUCACGCAAAGAAGAUCGUAUUAUUUUGCAAUUUGACUACGACUGCUUCUACGCACAAGUGUACGAGGUGAAAAACCCGGCACUGAAGCCCAAACCUUUGGGUAUCAAACAGAAGAACAUCCUCGCCACAUGCAAUUACAAUGCACGUAGGCGAGGUGUCAAGAAGCUCAUGCUCAUCAGCGAGGCGAAGAAAAUAUGCCCUGAGCUCGUGAUCGUCGAGGGUGAAGACCUCACCCCAUUCCGCGAUGUGAGCAAGAUUUUGUUCAACUUCUUCAAGUCAUACUCUUGGAACCAAAAGGUCGAGAGGUUAGGCUUCGAUGAAGUCUUCAUGGAUGUGACAGACAUUAUUGAUUACAACAUGGCCUGUUUUAAUAAGCACUCGCCCACCAAUCACUUCUUCCAGUUAUCUGAAAAGGAUCCUGAACUGGGGUUUGUGUGCGAUCUCACUUCCAUCCCGGGAGCUACGAUUGGUGGCAACAUGGAUUUACCACCCGAUCUGGACAACCCACUCUACCUGCGACUGGUGUUAGGAUCCCACCUCGCCCAUCACCUGCGGCUGAAAAUAGAGCGAGACUUUGGCUAUACGUCAACCUGCGGCAUCUCCACAAAUAAACUUCUGAGCAAGCUUGUAGGCAGCAAACACAAGCCCCAAAACCAAACCACCUUGCUGGCAUUGACUGAGGAAGGCAUACUCGAGUUUAUGAGCAGCCACUUCCUCCGAAGCAUCCCUGGCAUUGGUUUCAAGUCGAGUUCUCUCAUCGAGGCUCAUGUGACUGGCUUGGAGACUACGACUGAUUCCCAUAGCUUCGAGUCCAAAGUCACAGCUGCCCAGGCGCUGGCAUCACCCCACGUGUCUCCGGCAUCCCUGGAAACCCUCUUGGCCGGGCCGGGCGCCGAGAAAGGAAUAGGAUUGAGAAUAUGGGGCCUGCUCCAUGGCGUAGAUCCCACAGAGGUCAAGGAGGCAAGUGACAUCCCCUCCCAGAUCAGCAUCGAGGACACUUUUGGCCGGCUUGAGACUAUGGCACAGAUCUUGCCCGAGCUCCACAAACUGUCGUGCUCACUUGUACGCAGGAUGAGGGUAGACCUCCUUGUACCUGAUGGGAACUCGGACAUCCCCGAUGCUCUGAAAUGGCUCGCGAAACCGAAGACUCUCCGUCUCUCUGUCCGGUCGUGGCCCAAGUCGGGAUCUCUCUAUACACAAUUCAACCGACAGUCGCGUUCGGGGCCCUUGCCGAGCUUUGCGCUGGAUGAAAAACAAGAUAUCGAGGCUGUGGCUGAUAGGUUGGUAUCUGAGGCUCUGUUACCCUUGCUACGCAGGCUCCAGGAAGACAGAAAGGGACAGCCGUGGAGCUUGCAACUUAUCAACAUAUGCGUGUCCAAUCUGGUUCCAACGGCGACAGAAGACAAGUCGGGCGUAGGGAGGGACAUUGCCAACAUGUUCAGAAAACAAGACGAGGUGUUGGCACCAUGGAGGAUUCUGCCGACCCCGGAAGAAAUUGAAAGCCAAGCCUCAGAAGACUCUGGCUCCGAUGAUGCUGCUGAGCCAGAAACUUGGGAGACGACCGAGAAUAUACCAUGUGACAAAUGCGGCCACGCCAUCCCUUACUUUGCUCUGGAAGCUCAUUUUAGAUAUCAUGAAUUAGAGGACUGA